GAAGUACUCUCUCAGUCAUUGGUCUGGAUUCAUUUUAAUGAACAUUCAGUUGGAGAAACGGGCAACUUCAUAUCAUAUGCAUUUGCACCGGCCUCUGUGGUUGCUCCUCUAGGCACUUUCGCACUCAUUGCUAACUGCUUUUUCGCUCCACUCAUUUUAAAAGAGCGUUUUCGCGUGCACGAUCUCGCUGGCAUCUUGUGCGCAAUGAUACGAGCGAUCACUGUCGUUCUUUCUACGCCUUCGUAUGAUGAAGGUCCACCGCCCCUUGCACCAGACGCCUUGAUUGCGGCUAUGUCACAGCGUUCGUUCGUAGUAUUUACUAUCAUAUACUUGGUAGGGGCUAUGGUACUAGCGGGGCUCGGCGAGAGUGGUUUCGGCAGGCGAAUUGUGGUUGUUGACGUUGGGCUUUGCGCAAUAUUUGGUGGAUUCACGGUUCUAGCAACUAAGGCUAUCUCCACGUUGCUGAUGGAAGAAUGGGGCAAAAUAUUUGCGGAGUGGAUAACCUAUCCCAUCCUUGCGGUUCUAAUCAUCACAGGCAUUCUCCAAAUCUGGUUUUUGAACCGAGCGUUAAAGCGUUUUGACUCCAAAAUCGUCAUACCUACGCAAUUUGUGCUGUUUACGCUGUCUGCUGUUAUCGGAUCCGCUGUCCUUUACAAGGACUUUCAAAGGGCUACAUUCCACCAGAUGGUCACAUUUAUGUAUGGCUGUGGUGCGACAUUUGUGGGGGUGUUCAUCAUAGCGUGGGCCAAUGGGAACAACCGCGAAGAAGUAGGACAGCUCACCAAUGAGGUUAGCAGGCAAACAGGCGACGCAGGCGAGCAAAUUGCACCGAGUGGAAACGUGCGGGGUGUCCCUGUAGGCUCAUUGAAUGCACGAAGUCGCUCGGCCCUUGUAAUACCGAGAGCUGUGCGCGAGACCCCGGUGCUUAGGAAUAAACAAAGCACGGUAAGCCUGGCAGGCUAUUCUCCUGCACGAAAUUUGCUACUUGCUCAUACCCCGCCGAGGGAUCGAGCAGAUCAUAGGGAUAGGGACGUGGAAAGUACUAGUGGAACUUCAUGA